AAAGAGCCGGCCAGCCGAGCUCACCGAGACCGGUGGAACUGCCGGACGUUUGGCUGCUCCGGAGGACUCCGCCGGUGUUUUGGGGGGACAGAGUUGGUUCUGGAAGACAACCGACCGCGGGGUGCUUUUGCUUUCGAGCCGGCUGCCAUGGAGGGACGGUGACGUUGAGGGGAGCGGCUCACCGGGCUCGUCUAGCGGCUCCACUGUCGGGCAGCACCGGCUCGGAGCAGACAGAGGGCCCCACACACAUGAUGCACCAGCACGGCUCUUUAAUGCCCCCUUUGCUCGGUGAUGUGAUCUGUAAGUGCCGCUCAGCAGAGAGCCAUCCAGGGGUCGACCCAGGCGGCGGCGGAGGUGGCCACGCCGAGGACUCUUCCUCAGUUCCAGGAGCGGUCCGCCGACAGCCGGCACAUCCAUGUGACAUAUGCGGAGGGACGGAGCAGGAGCACCGGCUGAAGGUGCUGUUCCAGGUCCUGGAUGUAAACGGGGAUGGAGGCAUCUGUAUCAACGACCUGACGAUCGGGCUGAAGAAAUUAGGAGUGCAUCGCACUGAACAUGAGCUCAUGAAAAUAGUGAAAGCAGGGGACAAAGACCUGGACGGACAGUUGGACUUUGAGGAGUUUGUUCAUUACCUAAGAGACCACGAGAAAAAACUGCGGCUGGUCUUCAAGAGCCUGGACAAGAAGAAUGACGGCCGAAUCGACUCACAAGAAAUCAUGCAGUCUCUGUGUGACCUGGGAGUGAACAUCUCUGAGGAACAGGCCAAGAAGAUUCUCAGAAGUAUGGAUAAAAACGGCACCAUGACAAUUGAUUGGAAUGAAUGGCGGGAUUACCACCUGCUGCAUCCAGCCGACAACAUUCCAGAGAUCAUCCUCCACUGGAAACACGCCACAAUCUUUGAUGUUGGGGAAAGUUUGGUGGUGCCUGAUGAAUUCACAGCAGAGGAAAAGAAAACAGGCAUGUGGUGGCGACACCUAGUGGCUGGAGGAGGAGCCGGCGCUGCGUCUCGAACCUGCACUGCACCACUGGACAGGCUGAAAGUGCUAAUGCAGGUUCACGCCUCCAAGAGCAACAGCAUGCACAUUGCUGGUGGCUUUGCCCAGAUGAUCCGAGAGGGUGGUGUGAGGUCACUGUGGCGAGGCAAUGGCAUUAAUGUCAUCAAAAUUGCCCCCGAGUCUGCUAUUAAGUUCAUGGCCUACGAGCAGAUUAAACGACUGAUUGGAAGCAACCAGGAGACGCUGGGCAUCGCAGAGAGACUGGUUGCUGGCUCUUCAGCAGGAGCAAUCGCUCAGAGCAGCAUCUAUCCCAUGGAGGUUCUGAAGACACGGUUAGCCCUGAGGAAGACAGGUCAGUACUCCGGCAUCUUAGAUUGUGCCAAACAGAUCCUCCAGAAGGAAGGAGUGGCUGCUUUCUACAAGGGCUACGUUCCCAACAUGCUGGGCAUCAUCCCCUACGCUGGCAUCGACCUGGCUGUCUAUGAGACUCUGAAGAAUUCCUGGUUGCAGCGCUUCGCCACAGACAGUGCUAAUCCAGGAGUGUUUGUGCUCCUGGCUUGUGGCACCACUUCCAGCACGUGUGGUCAGCUGGCCAGCUACCCACUCGCCCUCGUCAGGACUCGAAUGCAGGCACAAGCUACCCUAGAAGGAGGCCCUCAGAUGAGCAUGAUGGGCCUGUUCAGACAUAUCAUAAGGACCGAGGGGCCUAUGGGGCUCUAUCGAGGGCUGGCACCCAACUUCAUGAAGGUUAUUCCGUCUGUCAGCAUCAGCUAUGUAGUCUACGAGUACCUCAAGAUCGCGUUGGGGGUCCAGUCAAAGUGAGGAGCGGAAAAAAGUGGAAGAGAUCAAAAGGCCAAAGGUUUUUUUUGCUUCUUCUUUGAUGAUCGACUUUGUGGAUCUGUAAGACGCAGGCAGCUGAAAUUCUGCACAUUUCAAUCAAAUGAUCAGACUGCAGGGAAUGAAGGAUCGAGCUGAGAUGAAAAAAAAACCUGCAAGGAGGAAAGGUUGAUUGAAGUGUCUAUUGGUUGGGGUUGUUGUUUUGUUUUUUGUUUUUUUUUUAAAAUCAUUUGCUUUAGUUAUCCAUCAGUCUUGGUCUCAGAAGACAAAAGUUUAUGGUGAAUGACUGGUACACUAGUAGUGUGUGCAUGCUGGUGACAAUGUUAUGUCUGCAGCAGUCCUGCUUGUCUGUGUGAAAGAAAAAAUGUUUGUCUUGAAGGGCUUUGCUAAGGCAUUUUACUUCCCCUCUGGAAGACUUGCUACUAACCACCACUAACACUGACUCUGCACAAAACCCAUGAGGAUAUGACCACAGGUUUUGUGCACGUAAUAUGCAUCUUUAUGUAGAUGUAGAUGUGACCCACAGCUUUGCUCUGUGUAACGAGGCCCCCAUGGCCAGAAGCAGCCAAAAUUAAAUCAUGAAAUUAGUAGAAAUAUAUUCAGCCUGCAGAUAAAGAACCACCUUAGUGCCAUCAUUUAUCCUUACUUCUGUUACCUUGCAUGAAGGUUCUGGCAGGAUUAUAGAAGUUUUGGCUUCCAGGGCAUAGUCCUCCUCGAGACGAGCAGACGAUAUGCCAUGCACAAAUAACUAUCGAAUUAUCAAGCAGAAUUUUGUCUGAGGCAUUCUUCUGCACAUCGAGAAAAUGGAACUAAAUUGUUUGCAGAUAUUUACUUUUUUUUUUCUUUCUUUUUGCCUCAUUGUCUCCAGAGAAUCAACCUUUACUAUUACCAAAGUAAGGCCUAAAUGUAACAUUUCCAAAAGCAUUUGGUCAUGAAAAAGCCCAAAUCACUCAAAAGCACAUCAAAGCUUCCAAUUCGACUCACCUCCGUCAUGUAGUACAACUACAUUGCUACGUCUGAGGACCUGAAAGUAGCACAGCUGUCAUGUCGUUUUUAGUUCCAUUCAAUAUGUUAGUCCUUUGGGGUGUCAGAGGCAUUGCAGCUAAACAGGAAGUUUUCAAAAGCAAGAGAAAGGGUAUUCAGUUAAGUUUAGUUGUACUUCUUUAGAAAAAAAUUAAAAAUCUAUCAUUUGAAAUGCAAAGCUGAAGGUUUAAUGCUGUCUGAGCUGUCAUGCAGUCAGAGGUAGUACACUGUGAUGGUCCUUGAUGCACAUUUGUAGAGUUUGUUGAUUGACUUUUGGCUUCGGCAGAAUUGCUAAAUAAUUUCCUCACUCUUAACAUUUUAAGCAAGAUGAUGUAACUUCUACUGUACGACUGCCACAAGAUUCACGAGUCAGUUGCUGUGACCAUUUAUGUCCAUGAACACAUCUGGUGGCGUGGCGUUACAUCACACUCGUUGUGCUGACUUGCAGCACAACUGCUCUCAGUACCCUGAAUGUGGAUUUAUUUCAUUAGACAUGUAUACGUACAUGGUGGAUUUGGCUGCAAUCAGUCACAAUUUAGGUGAGGACAAAAAUACAACCAAGAAAAGGUGCUUUUGCUGCAUAUGUGUAAAGACAAAGUUAGUGACAAAUGAAAUGGAAUAUUAAAAUAAUCUUAACCAAUUAAAAUGCAUACAGGCCUUUACAUACCUUCACAAGUAAAUUUCCCACAAAGAGACCCAGUGUAGAGAGCAGAGCAAGUAGGAGCGGGUGAUUGGUCACAACAGAGCUGGAACAUGAUGCAGACGCUUACUGUGAUGACGUCAGUUAGUCAGCUCCUUAGAACAAUGAGAUGCAACCAAAGGCUGAAAACAGCAUGCCUCCUAAUACCAGUAUUUAGCUGUAACAUCAGUGAAAUGUUUAUCCGUGAGCUGCUAAAACGUUAAGCAACAGCAGCACAUUAAUCACUGCAGAUCCAACCAGGCUGUUGAUUUCUUCUGAAAAUAAUAGAAUAAUUGUGUCUGUCUGGCGUUUAUCUGUAACGUGAGUGACGGCAACAGAAAGAAGGACAAUAACCACAAAAGAAAGGCUGAUAUGAGGUACUCUGUCACCUUUUACACCAGAAGAGGUUGUAAUAGUGACAGUUUUAUAGGCAGCAGCAGUUAGUGAUAGAAGAGACAGAUGCUUUUGAGAACUUUGUACUGCCUACUACUAACUAGGGCUGCAU